AUGGUUGCUGCUACCACGACGACGACAACAACGGCAACAAAGGCCAAAUCGGCCUCCAAAGCCGGCGCCAAUGCCAACCCCAAGCAAAAGACACAAAUGCAUCGGCGGUCCAGGACAGGAUGCUACACCUGCAGGUUACGGAGGAAAAAGUGCGACGAGGGCACGCCCAUGUGCACAGCUUGUAAGCAUCUAGGUCUGAAUUGCGAAUAUAAGCGGCCGAUGUGGUGGAGCAACAACGACAUGCGGAGGACGAAGAAGGACGAGAUCAAAAUGAUCAUCAAGCGCAAGAAGCUGUCGGAGAAGUCGACACAUACGCACACGACGCACACCAUCCAGACCUCGGUCGGGUCACCGCCAGGCCUCUCACACUCGCUCCCGACCUCGGCAACCUUCUCCGACCCGCUCGACCGCGCUCGAUCUGCCUCGAUUGACUCGCACUUCGGCUUCAACUUCAACAGCCCGCAGAGCUCGCACGAGUUCGGGACCUUCACGCCGGGGAUGCAUCCCGAGUUCAUGUUCUCGCCAUACUCACCAUACGAGAUCGACGUGAAGACCGAAAGGCAAAUGUUCAUCAACGACAUCCCGACGCUGCGCGAAUCCACGACGUCGACAUUCAGCACCUACGCCACCCCGCCGCCACCGGGCACCGUCCUGGGCCAAUUCCCUCUGGAAGGCGAAUGGACAGAACAGGUGUACUCGGAGCGGAGGGAGUCGUUGAGGGAGGAGACGCUGAACGUGAACUUCUUUGACUUCUCGCACGGGCCGUCCACGGCGUCGAGGCAGGUGGCCAUUGAGCUUGACGAAGGCGACCAGCGGCUGCUCGACCACUUUAUUCAGUUUGUACUACCUACCAUCUUCCCGAUCCUCGAGUCAAACCAGCACGGAUCCGUCAGCUCGGAUCUCAUCCUUCCCGCUCUGCAGAACAACAAAGGCUACCUACACUGUUGCCUGAGCAUCGCCGCGCAGCACUACAAGGCGGCCAUGGGGCUGCAGGGCGACGAGAUCGACGGCGACAUCAUGCGCCACCGGUACGCGACCAUCUCUGCGCUAUGCGAUGCGCUCAACAAGGACGAGAACCACCAGCAGAUUCUCGAGGCCGCGUUGGGUCUCAUCUUCUUCCAGUGCGGCGUCGGCCGCUUCGACGACUCGCUCCCGGACAUCCCCUGGCACCAGCACUUCCUGGCCGUGGUUUCGCUCGUCCAGAAGCUCGACCUGCCGCGCAUCGUGUCGGACCCGACCGAGCCGCUGACCCAGACGCCCUUCAACAUGACUCUGACCGCGUGGAUCGACAUACUCGGGGCCACCAUGCAGGGCUGUGCGCCGACGUUCGCGCACACGUACCGCGAGAAGCACCUGUCGCCGACCAACCCGUCGCUCGGGCUGCGCGAGCUCAUGGGCUGCGAGGACCGCGUUAUGUACCUCAUCUCGGAGAUUGCCUGCCUCGAGGCGCUUAAGAAGGACGGCAUGGACGACAUCACGCUCUGCCAGCACGUGCACGUACUGGGCGACCAGAUCGGCUUGACCGAGAUGGGCGAGGGCGCGCCCGUGCUGCCCUUCAACGCGAACGGCUCGCUGUCGCCCAAGCAGCUCACCAAGAACAUCACGGCCGCCUUCCGCCUCGCCGCCCGCAUCUACCUGUGCAGCCUCGUGCCGGGCUUCUCCCCGGCGCAGACGAGCUGCGUCGGCCUGGUCGAGAAGCUCACCUCGGUCCUGCAGCACAUCCCCUCCGGCCCGAGCGCCAACGGCUUCGACCGCUCGCUGAGCUGGGUCUAUCUUAUUGGCGGCUCGGUCAGCCAGCCGACGUCGUCGUUCCGCGCCUUCUUUGAGGACCGCGUCGCGCAGCUGGGCGACCUCGCCCACUUUGGCAGCUUCGGCCGCGUCGCGUGCCUGCUGCGCGAGGUCUGGCUUCAGAACGAUGCUCUCAGCCAGCAGCCGCAGCAGCCGGCGGCGUCGUCCUCCUCUGGGAAAUCGUCAUCACCACAGGAGGCUCCACAACCACCGCAGCGGCAGCAGCAGUUCAUCCACUGGCGGGAUGUCAUGCACAUGAAGGGGUGGGAUUACUUGCUCAUUUAA